GGCUUUAAAUAAAAAAAAAUGUCAAAAAUAACGUAAAUUUUACGUAGUUUAAUCUAUAACAUGUUAGAAUUUUAACUCUCAAUAUUACCUUUUAAGAAAUUUAUGAUGCUUUUAUGUGAAAGUGACAACUUUGUCUAAUCUUAUCCUCGACACCCGGUAUAAAGGCUCAAGUCAAGACUCAGAACAUCAUUGAAUUCUAAGCUUGUCUCGCGACAAGUACGUGUUAUUAUGAAGGAGUUCCAGGUCUUUACGUUAUGUCUGGCUUCUCUAGCCGUUCAGGGUGAACUCAUCUCAGGAUCAAAUGAGAGCUUAUUCAAAUAUCUAAUGGUGCUUCAAUUUUUCGUUCCAACUCAAGCAUUCGAUUGCACUCAAGUGAAUCAGGGUAUGCUACAUCGUGAUCCAACAGACUGCACCUCGUUUUACAUGUGUGACGGUCGUACUGCUCACAAAUAUACUUGUCCUUCCAACCUUGUCUUCAACCCGAAUUUCAAUGUCUGCGAUUGGGCCCAUAAUGUGAACUGCGAAUCUUCAACCACUGAAAAUCUGAUAUCGACUCAAACCACGUCCACUCCGUCAACCAUAAUUUAUUCCCGUUCAACAUCCAACACCAACCCAUCCCAAUCAACAACUGUCCAAACAAGGUCGACAACCAUGCCGACCGGCGGUUUUAUCCCCGGGAAAAAGGUGGUAUGUUACUACCCCAAUUGGGCGUAUUGGCGACAGGGCAUUGGGAAAUAUCAGGUCCGGGACAUUGACUUCAGCUUGUGCACCCAUGUCAUCUACUCUUUCGCUGUUUUGAGCCCCGACUACGAGAUUGUGGCUCACGACACUUACUUGGACAUGGCCUUUAAUUGGGGACUUGGCAACUACAGACUCUUUGACGGUAUGAGAGGUCGCUACCCCAAUACCAAGCUCAUGAUUGCCUUGGGUGGCUGGGACGAUUCACAAGACAAUAAAGGCCGCUACCAGACCAUGUUGAGAAGCCAGAGCUAUCGACAAAAGUUUGUCAACUCGGCAGUGCUAUUCCUCCAAAAGUACGGGUUUGAUGGCUUGGAUCUUGACUAUGAAUUUCCUGAUGCUGGUGACAAGGUUGGGUUUGCGUCCUGGGCCCGAGAACUGAAGGCAGCCUUGGCUCCCUAUGGCUAUGAGUUGACGGCGGCCAUUUCGGCGGGUGAGAGUGAAAUUCGGGCAGGUUUGGACAUUCCCAGUUUGUCCCAAAGCUUGGAUGCUAUUCACAUCAUGACGUAUGAUUAUCAUGGCAGCUGGGAGACCCAAGCCGACCAUCAUGCUCCCAUGAGCCAAAGGUCGUGGGACACGGUUCGAAAUGAUGUCAAAAAUACGGUCAAUGUUCUGAGAAGGAUGGGCGCUCCUGCUAACAAGUUAGUCCUGGGUAUUCCAACCUACGGGAAAAGUUUCACGGUCUUGGGCACCAAUGGAGCCCCUCCCAUGCCUUCAAGCGGUGGGGGUGUGGUCGGACCUAUCACCAAUCAAGUUGGUACAUUGUCUUUCAUGGAAAUUUGCCUGAAGAUCAAGAACAAUGCUUGGACUCUGAUCGACGAUCCAGCUGGACCUUACGCUUAUAAAGGAGACCAAUGGGUGGGCUUCGAUACUGCCAAGUCAACCAAGGCCAAGGCUCAAUAUGUUUUGGAUCAGGACCUGGGAGGCGCCAUGAUUUGGGAUCUCCCCUCUGAUGAUUUUUCCAACCAAUGUGGACAAGGACCUUACCCCUUGCUUACUGCCAUCAACCAAGUUCUUACAUAUGCUUCGCCAUAAAUGCAGUUUGAUUUUUGAUUCCAAAUAUAUUUGUUCUUGCAUUAUCA